AUGGUCUCAAAGAAAGGAAAUCGCAGAAAGGAAGCAGAGGCACCAACAAAGCAAAAAGACCGCAAACAAGAGCCUGCAAAACCAAAACUCCAGCGAACCCGCCAACAGCUCUUGAAACAAGAUGAGCCCAAGAAAUCAAACAAGAACACAAAUGAAAGUGGCGUUGACCUCUCCUCUACAAUCCCACUCCCCCUCCAACAACUCCUCCUAGACGUAUUCAAAGCCGCCCUCCUCACAUCCCCGAAAAGAGAUAUACCAACCGAGGACCCAACGACAGAAACACCGGCACCAGCCUCCCUGGAUAUUAAAUCGCUUAUCCAAACAAUUAAAUCACACCUGUACCAACGAGACUUUGACUCUGCCUUCACAGACGCAGACGAAGAUCUACUCCGCGCUUAUGCGUUGCGAUGGAGCGCAUCGCGCGCGCUAGGGUAUACAGGUAUUUUCAAGAGUGUGUUGGAGUGGAUGCGCGAAGAGAUUGAAAACAAGGCGCGAAGAAAUCCAGCUUCGCACUCUAUGGGCCAAUCUACAAGGGUGGUUUGCAUUGGCGGUGGUGCUGGGGCGGAGAUUGUUGCUCUCGCUGCUGCUUGGAGGGAUUUGCAUGAUAGUGCUGAAGGGCUUGAGGGGGAAAUUGCUGGGCUAUCGUUGAAGGAGGGGAGUGAGGGUGAGGGUGAGAAUGAAGGUGAGAAUGAGAGUGAGAAUGAGGGUGCGAAGGUCUCAGAGUCGAAGCUCGCUGUGGCUGCACUUGAUAUUGCCGAUUGGUCUAGUGUUGUGGCACGGCUUUCUGAGACGAUUGCUUCGAGCGAUGUGACGACUUUGUCGAAAUGUCAGGCUCCUCUUGUCUCGAGCGACAUGGCUGUUUCGUUCCUCAAGGCCGAUGUUCUCGGUAUGCCGGAGGGUGAAUUGCGAGAUUUCCUAUUGGAAGGAUCUACAUCUACGCCAUCCCUCCUCGUCACGCUAAUGUUCACACUCAACGAACUAUUUUCAACGUCAAUGGCCAAAACAACCAGUUUCCUCCUUCGCAUCACAGAACUGAUCACGACUGGCGCUGUCCUGCUGGUAGUGGACAGUCCUGGCAGCUACUCGUCCCUCAAGUUGGGGAAGGGAGUUGAAGAGGGUGCCGAGCCUCAGGAAAGGAAAUAUCCUAUGAAAUUCUUGCUUGAUCAUACACUUCUUUCUGUUGCGAAGGGAAAGUGGGAGCAGGUUUAUACGCAGGAUUCAAGGUGGUGGAGGAGGGAUGCGGUUAAAUUGCGUUAUGAUGUUGGUGAGGGGGCUGGGUUGGAAGAUAUGAGGUAUCAGGUUCAUCUUUAUCGGAGGAUUUAG